GAAUUUUCGUCCUAAUAUCCUCACCUCUCUUCUCAUCUCACUUCCUAAUUCAGGCAUCAUGGGUAGCAGCAAGAAAAAUCGACGCAAGAACCCAGCCGAUGACGGCGGAGUUGAUCUUCUCAGCCUUGCUUUCAACCUGCCCACGCGCCGCGACAUGGAACGUGCAGAUAGAGAAGCUGCCCAAGCUCAAGCUCACUCUCAGAGCAUCAGGAUUCAAUACGACCCAGGCGAUGGUGAAUCCAGUGACAGCGAAUCACUGCCGACACUCAAUUCAGACCCCGGCAAGCCAAACACAGAAGUUGAGGAGACUCCAAAGGUUCAAAAAGCAUUGAAACCUCGCUCACAACACCAAUUGAAGGCGCAGAAUCGUGUUUUCCAGCUCUCUUCUCCCAAAUAUAAGCCGAAGAGAGUUGAUAAUGAGCCGCCACCUGCUCGACGAGCCUCAAAGCGAGACUCGUCCAAGGCUCGAGAAAGAUCAUCUUCGAGCCCAGCCGCUCUAAGAGCUCCUUCUCCUGCUUCUUCCAUCCCAUCUUCAGCUACUUUUCCCCGCAUCACCUCCAAUUAUCCUCAGAAGGCUGCUCAUCUCGCUACCUCAGAUAUUCCAGUCAGGCCACUUCAGUCUGGCAAAGGCAGAGAGGCGCAUCCACAGCAGUUCUACCAACCCAUAUUUGCUUUCCCUGCGGCCUCUGUGUACCCCCCAUCUCAAUACUAUUCAGCUGUGGCGAAUGCCGAUCUUGUGUCUGAUGUUAAUCAACAUGUGCCUUUUCCCCUGUACACACUGGCCCCUGCAAGUAUCCUCAAAUCUCAUCAGCCUAGCUCAAUUUCUCAGGAAGUCCAACGCAUUCAGAGCAAGCUCGAUGAAGUGGUGGUCAAUCUUUCUAAACGCCCAGAAGAUGCUACUUUGAAAAGCGAGCUGUCAGUUUUGCAAACAGAGCUCAACACUCGAUUGAACUCUCUGCUAGGCAUGGCACCUUCAAAGGAACCGAAUGUGUCCGAAGUCUCUGAGCUUUUCAAUUCAAAGGCAACCUCCAAAAAUCCUACGACUCAAUCCCAGCCUACAGCUGUUCAGAGAGAGAUGAGCCCUAAGAGGAAGAUGCGGCAUCACCUCUGCACAGGCUGCGGCAAAGUCCGCUCUUCCAACUAUCACACCAAGCACCCUAUCAUUUCUGGAGACAGGCCGUCCACGAAUUACUGCGAAGACUGCUUCGAAGAAAACGUUGAGGAUGGGGCUUUAGACAAUCAUUUCUGCUACGGGUGCGGAAAUGUCAGAUCCAAAGAAUUUCAGCAGAAUCAUCCAAUCUCGAAAGGCGACAGACCUUUUCCCAAUUACUGCUCGGUCUGCGUGAAGGAAAUUCGAUCUGCCGAGACCAUCGCAGACGUCUCCAUGGUUGAUUUUACUCCAGGGCGUUCUCACAAGAGCAGCUCAUAUACUGAUUCUGCCCUCAAUUACACUCGGAAUACUCACACAGAUGGUAGCAAUGCUGUUGAUGCUCGUGAACAAAAGAAAAUUCCGCAACCACUAAAGCUUUCCACAAACGGCCCUCAGUUCAGCCCCUCCAACUCCUCGCCUGGCUCUCCCUAUUAUCCAGUUCGCAACACUGGAGCAUCUCAAAGGCGGGCAGAGCGAAGUCCGCUUGCUAGUCCAGGAGGUCAAUAUUGCAGCUCUCCUGAUACCCCAACGACGCCGAGAUAUCAGCCUCCUUAUGUCGAAGAUAUAUUUUCCCCUCUUCAAGAAACAAGCCGGCGGUCAGCAGAUUACCAAAACUCUUCCAGAAAUUCUCCUUGUGAUGAUAGGAAAAAUAGUUUCUAUCGAACAACCGCUGGAGACAAAGAGAAAUCUCAAGACGACCCUGUUGGUCGCUCUGCAAAGGCUCCCCAUUCCGAUAUCUUCCAAGAGGGUUCCGACGAUUCUACAGAGGGACAUGCUUCCACGGACGAUUCAACUCAUUCUACGGGAAGCAAGAGUGUAAAAUUUAGACCCAAAGUCAAUAUCCGUCUUUCAGAUUCUCAAUCUUCAAGCAAUGCCUCUUCACAUGCCAAGAUACUUGAGGAGGAUAUCAAGCCCGACGAGGAGACCAUACCCAGUCGUGUGGGCAUAUAUGGAACUUCGCCCAAGAAGUCGCACAAUGGCUAUUACACAAGAGCGAAAGAGUCGCAAAACUUUGCUUCUCUUGCGGGAGAAGAUGGGUGCGGCGAAACUAUCCCAGAGAGAGGCUACAGAGGAGCAUUCUCUAAAGACAGCCCUGCAAGCUCCUGGCUGCCCCCUUUGUCCAAUGCCAGUGGAGGCCAUUGGUACUCGAGACCUUUUUCAUAUCAAUCUACCACAUCGCCUAGCAUGGAGAGCUACACAGGAUUCAAACCAGGUGGAAAGUCAACCUUCAACUAUGGUUCUAGUGGUGGGGUUGGAAGUGAAACCAGCCGGCCGCCUCUUCGUGCCACUCGCAGUGCAUUUAAUUCAGCAAAUACCAGCCCGGAGGCGGCUUUUUCAGGCGAUGGAGCAGAUCAGGAGUCACAAAGGCCUCCUCUCUCCUCAAAUUCUAACACGCAAGCUGAAGGAUGUCCAGAAUCGCCAAGCAACCGUUGGAAGAGCUUCACAUCGCCCUACGCUGGACCAAGCACCCAGUCUUCAUUCAGAAAAGGAUCGCCCUGGAAUAAUUUCCCUUCUCGAUUUGACUCUGAUUGUUAUACAAUGCAGGACGGCUCUACAUUCAGCCAAACCGCAUUUAGCGACUACUCUCAACCUAGUAGUAAUCCUUACUAUGAGCCUCGCAAACGACCCUUUCCGGAUCUGAAUGAUUAUUGCUCCUUUGGCACUCGGGCUCCUCGCAUUCCAGGCAAAUGGGCAAAAGACUACCAGAGAACAGUAAAGCCUCCUAAGCAAAUGCCGUACUGGAUUCCCGAGCCCAUCAUUGAGGAGCCAGAUUCUCCUAUCAGCUCGCCAGGCAAGCGGGCUAAUAUGCUCGAAUUUGAUGAUAUUGAUAUUUCUCCUGCGUCUGCCAGCAAUACCGCUACUGUAUUAUUCCCUGAUUUAGGAAGCUUCGCUGAACAUGACCAUCAAUCAGACGAUGACUCUGACAAGGAGAAUACAGUCAGCAAGAGCAGCCGCGACACACCAUCCCUCGACUAGAUAAUCACAAGGUCAUCAUAUGUAGACAGUUAACAUUUUGCUUUUAACGACUAUUUCCUUUGUUUUUUCCUACUAUUAACUUGCAAUUGUCACCAAGGAUGGAUCACACUUUAUUUGUAUAACUUUUUUUUUCAUGCGGUUUCGGAACGAUGUUUAUGACAGGCCGAGGAAUCGGAUUCAUGCCCUUUUUUGCGUUGGUCUUCAUGAAUUUUGCAUUUGUAUUAGUACGACCGGGAG